UGUAAUUUUUUUUCUAAAUUCCUACAGGGUUACUUGGUGAACUGGGAUGUCCAGAGACAGGUUUGGGAUUAUCUUUUUGGAAAAGAAAUGUAUCAAGUGGAUUUUGUAGAUACCAAUAUUAUUAUUACCGAACCUUAUUUUAACUUCAGUUCAAUACAAGAAUCCAUGAAUGAAAUUCUAUUUGAAGAAUAUCAAUUUCAAGCAGUUCUUAGAGUAAAUGCUGGAGCUCUUAGUGCACACAGGUAUUUCCGGGAUAAUCCAUCUGAGCUAUGUUGUAUCAUUGUGGACAGUGGAUACUCUUUUACACACAUUGUACCUUAUUGUAGAAGUAAAAAGAAGAAAGAGGCAAUCAUCAGGAUUAAUGUUGGAGGAAAACUGUUAACCAACCAUCUGAAGGAGAUAAUCUCUUACAGGCAGCUACACGUUAUGGAUGAAACGCAUGUAAUUAAUCAAGUGAAAGAAGAUGUGUGUUAUGUUUCUCAAGAUUUUUACAAGGACAUGGACAUUGCCAAAUUGAAAGGAGAGGAAAAUACUGUAAUGGUAGAUUAUGUUUUGCCAGACUUCAGCACAAUAAAAAAAGGAUUUUGUAAGCCAAGGGAAGAGAUGGUGUUAAGUGGAAAAUACAAGACUGGUGAACAAAUACUUCGUCUAACAAAUGAAAGAUUUGCAGUUCCAGAAAUACUCUUCCAUCCUUCGGAUAUUGGUAUUCAAGAGAUGGGAAUUCCUGAGGCCAUUGUUUAUUCUAUUCAGAAUUUACCUGAAGAAAUGCAGCCUCAUUUCUUCAAGAACAUAGUUCUGACUGGGGGAAACACCCUUUUUCCGGGCUUCAGAGAUCGAGUUUAUUCUGAAGUUCGAUGUCUUACUCCAACUGAUUAUGAUGUUUCCGUUGUUCUUCCUGAAAACCCUAUUACUUAUUCUUGGGAAGGUGGGAAGCUCAUUUCUGAAAAUGAUGAUUUUGAAGAUAUGGUAGUAACUAGAGAAGAUUAUGAAGAACAUGGACACAAUAUCUGUGAAGAGAAAUUUGAUAUAUAGGUUACAUAGUUGGAUAUAUUGUUAUUCCAUUGUUUUACUCAGAAUGGAACUCUGAUCUACAACCUGUUUUCUGUCAGUUAGGAUUGUGUUUUAGCUUUCCUGUAUUUAAGUGGGUUGGGAAAAAGUCAUUUUCAGAGUUUAAAAAUAAAGUUUUACAAGCCUAAUACUAUGAAAUAAUAUGUUCAUUGUCAUUUCAUUAUGUUCUCAUCUUUUACUGAUAGCUUUAUUGUAUUCUUACUGCAGAAAACCUCAAUGCAUGAGGCAAUAAAACUAUUGAAUGCUUGUACUGGCGUGACACUAA